UUCUCUCUUCUUCCAUCUCGAACUCUCUCAUCUCUCUCCUACUCUCCCCCCCCCUUCACAUACCAUGCUGGCCACUUAAUCUUCCCCAUUACAUUACCAUCACUGAACACCCACAUUCUCUCAAGACUUCAUCCUCCCCCUUCCCUGGUCCCUGUUUCCGUCCGCUUCUACGGGCCUUCGUCAUCAAUGAUGAGCGCCUCAUCGAGAAUCAUCCGCAAUGCAGCACAGUCCUCGCUCGUGAAUGGAGGCCGCUCGCUUCCUCGCUCUGCCCUCGGUCCUCAGUCAGCAUAUGCUGCCUAUCUCCGCCGCAAUGCUCGAUCCCUUCCAUCUCAGAUGCCGGCCUUGGCCAUCCUGAUUCCCCGCAGAGGUGUCUCAACGGAUACCCAUACGUCUGGCGCUCCUCCCACCGCCCCGCCCCCGGGAUUCAAUGCUGAGCAGGCGAAAAAGCCUCUCCCAGACUCCAUCGCCACCAGUGCGCAAAUCAAAGAGGCCGCACGCAAGGAAAAGGAGAGCCACAUCGAGGCUGUCCCCACCGACAAGGCCACAGCGGUCUCAAAGACAGACGCCACCGAAGCCAUGACACUAUCUGAGUUAGCUGGUCAAACCGACAAGGUGGCGGAAAAGAAGGACGGGAAGAAGGAGAAGUUGACACUGAUGCAAAAGAUCAAAAAGGAGGCCCAGCAUUACUGGGACGGCACAAAAUUGCUGGCGACGGAAGUCAGGAUCAGUACCCGCUUAGCUGUGAAGAUGGCGGCGGGGUAUGAACUCAGUCGGAGAGAGAACAGGCAACUGCGGAGAACCGUGCAGGAUAUCGGUCGGCUAGUACCAUUCUCGGUCUUCGUCCUGGUUCCUUUCGCCGAAUUAUUACUUCCCGUGGCUUUGAAGCUGUUCCCCAACAUGCUCCCUAGCACCUACGAGGGGCAGAAGUCAAAGGACUCCAAGGCCACCAGUCUGAGAGCUACUCGAAAGGAAGUCGGUAACUUUCUUCGGAACACAUUGAAGGAGACUGGGUUGCCUCUGAGCCCCGCCACUGCUCAGAGGGAGGAGUUCACGCAGUUCUUCCGUAAAGUUCGAGCAACCGGAGAAGCGCCAACAGCCUCAGAUGUCAUCACGGUCUGCAAGCUUUUCAAGGAUGAUCUGACACUGGACAACCUGUCCCGACCACAACUUGUCGGCAUGUGCAAGUACAUGAAUCUCAACACCUUCGGGACGGACAUGAUGCUUCGAUACCAGAUCCGCCACCGCAUGAGACAGAUCAAGCGCGAUGAUCGGGCAAUCAGCUUCGAAGGUGUUGAUAGCUUGUCCGUCCCAGAACUCCAGGUUGCAUGUCUUAGCCGUGGUAUCCGAACCCACGGUGUUUCUCCAGCCCGACUACGGGAAGAUUUGCAGACCUGGCUCGACCUGAGACUCAAGUAUGGCGUACCUUCAACGCUCCUGGUCUUGAGUAACGCGUUCAUGUACUCUCAAGGCAAAGACUCCGAGUUCUCAACCCAGAUCGAGGCCCUCACCGGUGUCCUGUCAUCCAUUCCCGAGGAGUUGUUCCACGAGAUUGAACUUGAGGUGCACAACGCCGAGGGAGCUGCAACCAACAAGCAGCGUCUUGAGGUUCUCAAGGAGCAACAGGAACUCAUUGAGGAGGAGAACGAGCAAGAUGAAGAGAACAAGGAGUCGGGUAGAGCUACUCCACGCGACGACGAAGACAUUGAUGAAAAGGAAGAACGAAGAAUGGAGGCCGCAGCCAAUGCUGCUGGGAAGAGCCAAGUCAACGAAGCAGUUGACGCCGAGAAGGAAUCUGCUGAGGCGAAGCAGGAACCAGAGACUAAGAAGUCCGCUUAA